GUUAAUUUCAAUCAAUUAGACAAACUCAGAGCAUCAGUACCGAUAAUUUCCUCUAAUUUAAACAAGUCUAUAUCGUUUAAUCGAUACGAAUUGUUUGACCAGAAAAGUCAAAAUGUUCCCUAAUCGGAAUGACGGGGAAGAUGAACUGAAUACGCAUUAAUUACAUCCUUAUAUUUAGGCCAUGGUACAUCUGCAACUACCUUUCCUUACAGAUUUAACUUCUACCCAAUUAAAAUAUUGGUGAAAACAACUUUGUCGUCCUGUGGCUGCCUAUAUAUACCUCACUAAGUUAACCAUAUACUCAUCAACAAGAAAGCAGAAACUUGAAAAGAAAUAAGAAAGAAAAUGUCAAUUCCUAUGAUAGAUUUUAGCAAGUUAGAUGGAGAGGAGAGAAGCAAAACAAUGGCACUUCUCCACCAUGCUUGUGAGAAAUGGGGCUUUUUUCAGAUUGAAAACCAUGGAGUUGAUAAGGAGCUAAUGGACAAGGUUAAGCAACUAGUGAAUCAGCAUUAUCAAGAGAACAUGGAGAAGAACUUCUAUAACUCCGAGAUAGCGAAAAAGUUUGAAGAUAAAAGCAAUACCACCGACAUCGAUUGGGAAAGCACGUUCUUUAUUUGGCAUCGUCCAGAGAAUAAGAUCAAUGUGUACACCAAUCUUUCCGAGGAGCUUCGCAAAGCAAUGGAUGAGUACAUUGAUCAACUGAUAAAGGUGGCCGAGAAGCUCUCUGAACUCAUGUGUGAAAAUCUUGGUCUGAAUAAGGAAUACAUCAAGGAGGCUUUCUCAGGAGGCAAAGGUCCUUCCGUAGGGACAAAAGUAGCCAAAUACCCAAAAUGCCCUCGGCCAGAACUCGUUAGAGGUCUUCGUGAGCACACAGAUGCAGGUGGCAUUAUUCUUUUGCUCCAAGAUGAUCAAGUCCCAGGUCUUGAAUUCUUCAAAGAUGGAAAAUGGGUGAAUAUCCCGCCUUCAAAAAACAAUACCAUCUUCGUUAACACAGGUGAUCAGGUAGAAGUAUUGAGUAAUGGAAAUUAUAAGAGUACCGUUCACAGAGUUAUGACCGAUAAAGAUGGAAGCAGACUGUCGAUUGCCACUUUCUAUAAUCCUGCUGGAGAUGCCGUCAUUUCUCCAGCUCGAGAAUUGUUGUACCCAAAUCGCUAUACGUUUCAAGAUUACUUGAAACUUUAUUCGUCAACCAAAUUUGCAGACAAAGGUCCUCGAUUUGAAUCUAUGAAGAAGAUGGUCAAUGGGCAAUGAAAUCUUCCUGCAUAAAAGCUAAGGCUGAAAUUUUCCAAAAUUUUCCUGCAUAAGAGCCAUGGUCUCAACCUGUGUGUGUUAACUAUUUGCUGCAACUUUUGCUCAUAUUAGUCCUGAUUUGUGAUUUUGUUUUAAUAGAUUAUAAAUUUAUAACAUGUUUCCUUUACUA